AUGGGUGGGUGGCUGUCGUCGUUGGUGUGGGGCGAGGAAGGCGACGAAGUGAAGGAGAAGAAGAUCGUGAUGGUGGGGCUGGACAACGCCGGCAAGACGACCAUCCUCUACAAGCUCGUCGAACGAGAUGAAUCGCGACGCCGAAGCGAGCAGCCGCCAUCAUCUUCUGCAGAAUCAGAUCAGCAGCAAGCCAGCCUCCUCUCUCGAUUUUUCAUCGAUUAUGGAUCAUCUUCAUCAUCAUCUUUCUCGUCAUCUCCAUCUCCAUCUCCAUCUUCACAAUCAGUCGUCAAUCUUGCGCCCACAAUUGGAUUUCAAGUCGAGGCCGUUCGAUGCGGUGGCGGUGGUCCCGUGCUGGCGGUGUGGGACGUCGGCGGCCAGACCCGCCUGCGGCAGAUGUGGCCCAUCUGCUACACCGGCGCCGCCGCGGCCGUGUUCGUGGUCGACGCCGCCGACCUGCGGCCCGACAACGGCCGGCUCAGCGACGCGCGCGAGGCCCUGCGCUCGCUCCUGUCGGCCCCGGAGCUCAGAGGAGCCCCGCUGCUGCUGCUGGCCAACAAGAGCGACGACCAGCGCGCCCUGGGGCCGCGCCGGGUGCUUGAGGCACUGGGUCUGCUGACCGUCAUCGUCAUCGUCUUCAUCAUCAUCAUCAUCGAACGAGCCGGAGCCGACUUCGUACUCGGCGUCGCUGGCGGGCUAUGCCACCAUAGCAACUGGCCCAUCGAAUGCUUCUUCAUUGUCGUCAUCGAGUGGAGCGCCGAGUGCCUUCUCGCCUUUGCUCAAGGGCCGGAGGCGACGUGCGGGCUCACUGGCGAGGGUCUCGAGGAGGGCUUCAAGUGGCUCGCAGACACGCUCAGCUUUGUUGAUGAGCAACGCGAGGCCCAGGACGACAGCCUCACCCGGUGGAGCUGA